AUGGGCCUGAGCCCCGCCGCCAGGGCCGAGUACGGGCUCCCCUUGCACAGGGUCCCAGCGCCCCGCCCCAAGCCCGUCUCCAGAACCUGCAGUUCGGAGCCCGAUGACCACCAGCCUGCUCCUGGACGUUCAGCCCAGCCCCAGUCAGAAGAAUCCGUGGGAUGCGAGGCGUUGGUCCAGCUCCUGCCCAGGCAGCCCCAGCAGGACACCUUGGAAGAGACGAGAGUCCAGCAGGGGGAGAAGCCUGCAGUCAGCUUGGAGACCACACCCAGCCAGAAGAGAGCAGAGCUGAAUCCAACAUCCAAAACCGAGAGUGAGGGCAGGUUAACCAAGCAAGCAGCUGAGGGCAAAGCAAGACCCAGACCUGGAGACCUGAUUGAGAUUUUCCGAAUUGGCUACGAGCACUGGGCCAUCUACGUGGAGAAUGACUGUGUGGUCCAUCUGGCCCCCCCGAGUGAGGAGUUUGAGGCCGGCAGCAUCACCUCUGUGUUCAGCAACCGGGCCGUGGUGAAAUACAGUCGUCUGGAGGACGUGCUGCACGGCUGCUCCUGGAAGAUCAACAACAAGCUGGACGGGACGUACCUGCCCCUGCCCGUGGACAAGAUCAUCCAGCGCACGAAGAAGAUGGUCAACAAGAUAGUGCAGUACAGCCUGAUCGAGGGCAACUGCGAGCACUUCGUCAACGACCUCCGCUACGGCGUGCCCAGGAGCCAGCAGGUUGAACACGCGCUGAUGGAAGGAGCGAAGGCUGCAGGUGCGGUGAUCUCAGCCGUGGUGGAUAGCAUGAGGCCCAAAGCAGUGACCGCCUGA